CACCAGUAGCGAGGCAAGUAUCGAAGAAGCAUGUCGGGGUCUCGUAGACUCACGAUAAUCUACGUACUUUUAGGUAUUUACAUGAUUGGUGCAUUUUUUCUUACGUGAUACGUAGUCCGCAAGAACAGCGUUAGAUCGCGUUAAACGAACACAUCGAUAGAGGGUUCGAUGAAACAAUCGAUGGUCAUUAAGUUGUUACGGUAUCCCACCGCAGUAUCCAUAGAGUCUAACGGCAAUCUCGUUAGGUACAUACGUAUGUAUGUACGUACAUACGUAUGUACGUACAGGACGAAUUUUUAUCGCCAAAAUGAUAUUGCCAAAAAAAAAAAUUUUCAUUCAUCAAACAAUGUUCCAUUUGAUUGAGGAGAAGAAGUUAAUAUUGCGGCCAAAAUUUUCUCAGCUUGCGUGCCAGUUAUUGAUUACGGAUCAUAAGACACGGCGGAAGGUACGCAGCGAGGGCGUGAAGUACGAAAGAGAAAUGGUAGUUAGGAGGGAGCGGAACAAGCCACAUCGAUAGCGUUCGUUUACAGCGCUUCCACCUCCUCAGGCUGCAGCGAGGACGAGGCAGGUGCCGAUGCGGAGGUCGGGGGCGGUGGCGGGGACGGGGAACGGUGUCCGCAGUGUGGCCUCCACUGCCUCGAUCUAACCGCCCUCCGGCUCCACCUAGAAGACACCCACAAGACCGGCUACACCAUCGACAAGCACGACUUGAGCUCGCAAUUCUCCCAAGUGUCUUGCAACGUGUGCAGUAAAACUUUUGCGAAUGUCUACCGACUGCAGAGGCACAUGAUCAGUCAUGACGAAAGCGCCGUACUUCGGAAAUUUAAAUGCCCCCACUGCGAGAAGGCAUUUAAAUUUAAACAUCAUCUCAAGGAACACUUACGUAUACACAGCGGAGAGAAACCAUUCCAAUGUAACAAUUGUAAAAAGAGAUUUUCACACUCGGGGUCUUACUCAAGUCAUAUGACCUCCAAGAAAUGUUUGAUCGUGAAUUCGAAAAAGUCCCGGCAAGGCACCAUCGGCAAUACGGACAGACCUGCAAAGAAGUGCCAACAAUCUUCGCAGGGCAGACGAGAUAUCGAUAAUAUGCUGGCAGCGAAUAAUAACACCUUCCUUCCGAUUCUCCCCAAACUUUCCCCGUCGGAGUACCAAGAAAUUCAGCGUGAAGGAGGUAUUUAUGAUGUCCCCACCUUGUUGCCUCGUAUGAUGGGUUUUGGCAAUUAUUUUCUUCAAUCGUCCCUCGGAAAAAUUCUGAGUCAGUUGAACUCGAAAAGAAUUGACCAAGUCACGGAACAGUUCGAGUCUCACAGAGAAACCAUGAGUCCGUCUACCGCGGAUUCCGAAGGCACCGAGGGCACCGAAGGCAAAGAAUCUCCAGCACUGGCGGACCCCCAAGGUCUGGAUGCGGUACGACGUAUUUUAGAGACUGUAAACACCUCUGUCACCAAACAACUUCUGGAAGCCAACGUGAGGAAAUUAACUUCCUCGCCUGCGACCAUCAAGCGAGAAUUCGACGAAGAUUAUCAGGUGGACCAGGAUAGCGAAAUGUCGAGUGAAGUAACUCAUUAUCCGGAUUGGCCUUCCACGGAUCAGUGUGAUUCGCAAAGCGAGGGUUUGGCUGCCAAAUUGGAAGAUGCAAAUCAAAACCAAACACCGUUGGAAUUGAAAAAUAACAAAAGAAAAGCCCCAGAGGCGAAUGCUGAAAGCUCCGAAGGUGAUUCUGAGGAAGAAGACGAUGGGAGUCAUACCACGAGCGUAGACGGAGGUCGGAGAGUUAGGGCUCGAUCUUUAAUAGACGAUGAACAACUGGCGGUACUUAAAGGCUACUACGCUAUAAAUCCUCGUCCCAAGAAAGAGGAAAUCACUAUGAUUGCCAAUUAUAUACAUUUUUCUACACGAGUCGUACAGGUUUGGUUCCAGAAUUCUAGAGCAAGAGAUCGAAGAGAAUCCAAGAUGCCUGGACUUUUACCGCUUACCAAUGACGGUAGUCAAACAACGGUUGAGCAACCUCUAGAUUUGUCGAAAAAGGACGUACUCACGAUCACGGCUGUUAAAAAUAAUGCUGAAAAUUUGAACAAGACCUCCAACAAACAAAACUCUACCAUAAAAGACAUUCCUGUUACUCCAAACCCUGAUGUAGAUGACAUUGACGAUGCGCCGCUUGUCAUAGACGAAGAAACAACUGAUUCCGUUGAUGUAAAACCGCCAUCCGUCUCUCUGGACGUCAGCUCUAAAAAUCAAAGUCAAAUGCCGACAAAAAUUGAGAACGAGGGCGCGAUGCAGGCUGAAGCUCCAGCCACUGGAGAAAACGAGCAAGAAGGUCUAUACUUCUGCGAUCAGUGCGAUAAGACCUUUUCGAAGCACAGUUCCUUAGCGCGACACAAAUACGAACAUUCCGGUCAAAGGCCCUACAAGUGCGAGGAAUGCCCGAAGGCAUUCAAGCACAAACAUCACCUGACUGAACACAAGCGGUUACAUAGCGGGGAGAAGCCAUUCCAGUGCUCCAAGUGCCUCAAACGCUUUUCUCACUCUGGUUCUUAUAGCCAGCAUAUGAACCACCGUUCCUCAUAUUGCAAGCCCUACAGAGAGUAGAGACAAAAAUGUACGACGCAAUAACCAAAAAUGUACGUACAGAUCUGUUUAAUCGGGACAUAGAAUAGCUUUCACUUAUCAUACUACACAGUAUCACCUCGUGUUGAAGUCUUUGGGUUAUUUCAAGUUUCGCAGCAACAUAUUUCACCUCAACGGCAAGAUCUUGAUAUCUUCCAAUCGAAAUUUACAAUUGAAAGCUUGGGAGUUUGUCGCAUGAGGCAAGAAAUUUUAGAGGUCAGCAACCGAACCCGAGUAUUGGUUCUGCUCACCCGCCAAUCAACCCUUCGAAUACUGCUUUUGGGAACAUUCUACGAUCCUCUUAUACAUAUACGUACAAUAAUCGAAUAUCUUUGUCUGUAUAACGAGAAAUUCCCUAAUAUUACAAAACUAACACGAGCUGGUAUGCCGAAUUCAUCAUGCCUCGCAUUUGCAGUUCGCCACUGACAAUGAAUAAAGUAUCGGGAUCACAAGAAUGCCGCGCUACAUUAGAUUCCAAACAAAGACGUGAUUUCGAUCAUGUUACCAUCGGCUCGCUAUAUUAUAAUAAGCAACCAAACAACACGUAACGGUACCAAAAACGCAUAAUGCAAUAAUAAUUCUAUUAUAAAUAAUAUAAUAAUAUACAUAAUAUUUUAUUAUUUUUAUUAACAAAAUAUUAUAUAUACCGUGACAAUAAUGAAACAAAAAAAAAAAAAAAAGGAUAAAAAACUAAUAAAAAUUAAAAAAAAAUACUAAUUAAUGUACAAAUUUGUUAGUUAAACAUUCGCUGAGGAGUGCGACAUACACUAACGAAAUAAUAAUACGAUACAGUGCCAGGCUAUAGAAUAUAAUACCCGAGCGCUCGGAGAAUGUUGAAUUUGUCUUGUGGCAAAAAAAAUGUUUGAAUAUCGCGGCACGUGCAGUUCAAAAUCGGAUAUACUCGAUCAAAUUCAAUAUGUGUUUCAAUCGGACGAUGCGGUAUUUCUUACCUAAUUCAAAUCACUUUCAUGGCUAAAUCAUUUUCUCGUGAUUUGAGCAUUCCUUCAAACGUAUUAAAAACCAUCAGUUGCACAAUCAUAUACGUACAUAUUUCUUUGAAGUUAGCGCGCGGGCGGGGGCAAUUUAAACAUAGAUAUCGUAAGAUACGUGGGUUUUGGUAGUUUAUCAUUUUCAAUUACCCCAAGUAUACCCAGAUAACAGAAACGAAUGGAAUCAAUAAAAGUCACCAUUUUUUAGUUUGUAAAUUCGGAUGUCACAUUCCAUAUUGAUUCACUUAAAUUCGCAGUAGUGCAAAGAGUUGAGUAAUAGUUUUAAAUUAGAAUUUGGGGUCCGCUAGCUGAUGAAUAGAAACACAAUCGAAUUUGAUUCGUGUGAUACCACCUUGAAAAGUUCAAUAUUGUCUACAGUUCGACUAAAUACCUAUUUUUUUAAAGCUAAAUAUGAACGUUAAAAUCAAAAUAUACAUCAAGCAAUUGAAAGAGUCAAAUGAUUAAAGUGAGGAUUUUUAUUUGCAUCGGAACUUGAUAAGGGCAAGUAAAUAUACGAAUGCAUCCAUCUGACAAUGAGACAUACCGUCGGUAAAGCUUUAUAUAAACUUGCCCCAGUUACCAGAAAACAUAUGACAAAAAAAGAUGAAAGGAAAUUUCAUGCUUCGCCUCCUCGAUUAAACUUACUCUAACUCGACUAAAAGAAGAGAGAAAUUAAAAUAAAUGAACCUAUUAUUACAUUAUUAUAGUUGAGCUUGAGAGGCCAUGGGCAUCUGUGAAAGAAUAUUGCCGGUAGAUAUAUUUUCCAGUUCGUACUUUUCUUGCGAUGACAAAUACAGAGAACGAUGUGUAACAACUUGACUGGAACAAGUGAUCAGAUAAUAACAAACAACCUUGUGCUUUCGUCAACCAUUUGACGUACAUCAAACGCACAUUUAUACAACUCAGCAACUUCUCAAUCAAUGAAAUUUUGGUAAUACUUUUUCACUGAUAUCAAAGCCCAGAUUUAUAACUAAACUUAACUAUGAUAUUAAAUGCUUCCAAUACUGUACUAUUAAAUAUUAUCAUGAUAUUUGUAUGAUUUUGUUUAAAGAUGUGAAUGUAAACAGUAUAUUCCACAAAAGAUAAUACUCGAGAACGUAUUUUAUAACAGUUUAUUCAUCUUUUUAUUUACACGUAACACAAGUGAUAAGUGAUAUUGUUAUAAAUAAUACCAAAUAUGGUUGCCAUACAGCGUUUAUCCAAAUGCUAAACUUGUACUUCCUUAUACAAAGGCUACGGUUAUCCGCGUUGGGCAUCGUGUACACAUUACGAGCAAGCAGAUAUAAUGCUUAUAAUACUCAUUUAUAAUAGUGUUAACGAUUAAGAAAUAUAUUUUUAUAUAAUUAUAAUAUACUAUUUAGGAUAUCAAUAAAGGGUCGCACGUGCAGUUGCAGUGGUCUUAUUUUUACUACACUUAUCAACUGCUAACUGAAUGCGUCUAAAUUGACAUCAUGUAGAAUUUGCUGCCAACUAUUUGAAAAGUUAGUUUAAAAUGAAUAAAGUAAGUCGCAUAUAACAAGUUUGGCUCGGUUUUAAUGUUAGUUAUUAUACCUAUAGAUGUUACCAUCGGUUGUGCAAUCAAGUUGAAUAUGCUGUAAAGAAAAGAAAACAAGAACAUAAAAGACAAUACUGCACACACCUUUGCAACGAAUAGUUUCAGUUAACUACUGCAUUACUUUCGCGUGGCACCAUUCAUCACAAAACCUCCCUCCUGCCCAGCCGUCGACGCUCUCUAGAAUUCCUGAUUGUUAAGAUUGUUGAAGCAACAAUAUACAAGCACCAUACGAUGCCUUCCGUGAACGACCGAGCUUACCUAGUUACUAAAUAUUGGGACAAGUUGAAAUCAAAAGUAGUUAUUUCAGCCCAUUUAUACAUUUUACCCAGAUGCGAUAGAUAUGUUAUUAUCAGUAUGACACAGUCAUAUUGUGUAUGGCGCAGAGUAGCGAGAUUACCGUUUUUUGGUCUAAAUAACUAUUUUUAUUUUUCAAUUGGAUAUAAUAGUAACUAUUGGUCAUGCCAUUGAGCUUUCCAUGACUACAUUCAUAAGUAAAAUUGAAAAUAAGUAAUAAAAUAAAUUGUAUAUACCUAUUCGAUAACACAGACAAUAAUGUACCGUUUCUUUUAGAGUUUAGAGCAAACCUACAUUUGCAUAGUAUACCUGUAGAAUUCACAUAAAAAUAUAAUAUAAAUAUAAAAUUGGUAUAUAUUAUA